AUGUCAUUUCAAAACAAAAACUUGUACGACUUAUUGGGUAACGACGUUGAGGACGACAGUGCUGCUCCAUCCCUUCCAAUCAAGGAAGUUGUGAGAAAAAACACUUCAUCCAAGAAGGCUGACGUUCCUCCACCAUCAGCUGACCCAGCAAAGGCCAAGAAAAAGUCUAAGCCAACUGGUAACGAAGGUGCUUUGAAGACCAAGAACACCAACAAAGAUGCUCCAGUUCCUCAAUCCACUGCCACCAAGCACCAAAAGAAGCCAUUCGACCGUCACUCCAGAUCAGGUAAGACCGACUCUGAAAAGAAAUUGAAGCAAGGAUGGGGUGAGAGCGAUAGAAGAGAAUUGGACGGAGAAGUUGAAGGUACCAGAGAUGCUAUUGCUGAAUUGGAAGAUGAGUCUGUUGAAGAAACUGAACCAGUUGACAACACUCCAAAGAAGUCUUUGCAAGAAUACCUUGCCGAGCAAGAACAAAAGCAAAAAGAGUUGGAUGGUGCUAAGAAAUUGAGACAAGCCAACGAAGGUGCCGAACAAAAAUGGACCGCCGAGCAAAGAAUUGAAAAGCAACAAGAAGCUUACUUUGCAUCUACCCACCAAAAGAAGGUUAAGGCCAAACAACCAAAAGAAAAGGUGUUUUUGGAAAUUGAAGCUUCUUUCUCCGAUGAGCAACAACAAUUCAGAAACAACAACUCUAGAGGUGGCCCAAGAGGCGGUGCUAGAGGUGGCGCUAGAGGUGGUGUCAAGAGAGGUGGUGCCAGAGGUGGUGCUAGAGGUGGUCAAGGUGAAGCUAAAGCUAAAGCUACCAAGGCUGCUUUCAACGAGGAGAACUUCCCAUCUUUGUAA